AACAGUUUUGGUGCUGAUUGUCCAGUAAAUGGCGGAAGAGAGUGCUGAAGCGACAAGCGAUACCGGUAGUGGAGUGAAUGUCUCAGUGCUGCCGGAUCACGGACCAGUGGCAGAAAGGAGAAGAGAAGUCGAUUUCAGCCUGAAAUGUAUUAAAGAUAAAUGGAUCCCAAUUACCGUUACUGUCGUCAUCACAGCUUUGAUCAUCACCGUAAUUGCACUGGCAACCAAGAAGCCUCCCCCCUGCCCACGCUGCCCACCGUACGUCACUGCUGCGUGCCCGGACGGCUGGGUGGGAUACCAAGGGAAAUGCUACUACUUCUCAGAGACUGAAGGGAACUGGAACAACAGCCAGAGCAACUGCUCUUCCCUCAACGCCUCCCUGGCUUCCAUUGAUUCCCUGCUGGAGCUGGAUUUCAUGCUGCGCUAUAAAGGGAUCCCUUACCACUGGAUUGGCCUCUGGAGGGAACAAGGCGAGGGCCAGCCCUGGAAGUGGACCAACGGUACCAUAUUCAACAACCUGUUCCCAAUAGCGGCAGAAGGACCAUGUGCCUUUCUGAACCACAAGGUUAUUGCCAGCUCAGGCUGCUCCAGGGAGGGACACUGGAUCCGCAGCAAAGCAGCGGAGAAACCAGAUGCCAGAGCAAAGUGCCUGUGCCCUGGAUGCAGCAGGCGCUGUCCCUUUAACAGGGCUGGCCCAGGCCUCUAG